AUGUCUUGCGCCGAUCUCAAGGGCAAAGUCUACUUCCUCACGGGUGCUGGGUCCGGACAGGGCCGUGCUACUGCUAUCUCCUUGGCUGGUCAGGGUGCAAAGCUUGGCUUACUAGAUAUGAGGUACCCACAAGAUACUCUCGAUGAAAUUGCGAAGAAUGGAGCUACCGUGGAAAAAUUCGGCCAGCUCGAUGGUGCAGCUAAUCUGGCUGGCUGGAUUGGAACCCAGGGAUUCAAAGGAAAAGGAUAUGCCCUGGAUGUUAUUAAGGAUGAAGAUUGGGAUAGAAUGAUGGCAGUCAAUCUUAAUGGCGUUCGAAACAGCUUGUCCACAGAAAUGAGAUACAUUCGCGACGGUGGAAGUAUUGUGAAUAUUGCUAGUAUUGCCGGUCAGCGAGGAUCUCCAUGGAAUGCCCCCUAUGGUGCCGCUAAAUGGGGUGUUAUUUCCUUGACCAAGUCGGCCGCCCAAGAACUCGGAUCUAAGAACGUCAGAGUGAAUGCUAUUGCCCCUGGUGUGAUUGAUACUGCCCUUGCUACUGCUCUUGGUGACCCUGAUGUGGUCUUCCAGAGAAUGGUGUCUAGAUGUGCUCUUCAAUGGAUGGGCCAGCCUCAAGAAAUCGCCAAUUGCAUCCUAUUCUUCUUCAGCGACGUUUCCAGCUUUGUGUCGGGAAGUGUAAUCAAUGCGGAUGGUGGAUUCCAGUAG